AAUGAAGAAGAUGAGCAACAUUUACGAGUCGGCUGCCAACACGCUGGGGAUCUUUAACAGCCCCUGCCUGACCAAAGUGGAGCUGCGUGUGGCCUGCAAAGGCAUUUCUGACCGCGAUGCCCUUUCCAAACCAGACCCCUGCGUCAUCCUCAAGAUGCAGUCCCACGGGCAGUGGUUCGAGGUUGACAGAACAGAGGUGAUUCGCACUUGCAUAAACCCAGUGUAUUCGAAACUGUUUACUGUGGACUUUUAUUUUGAAGAGGUGCAGCGCCUGCGGUUCGAGGUCCAUGACAUCAGCAGCAACCACAAUGGGCUGAAGGAGGCUGACUUCCUUGGUGGCAUGGAGUGCACACUUGGCCAGAUUGUCUCCCAGAGAAAGCUGUCCAAAUCCUUGUUGAAGCACGGGAAUACUGCGGGGAAGUCCUCCAUCACGGUGAUUGCUGAAGAAUUAUCUGGCAAUGACGACUAUGUUGAACUUGCAUUCAACGCACGGAAAUUGGAUGACAAGGAUUUCUUCAGUAAAUCUGACCCAUUUCUGGAAAUUUUUCGUAUGAAUGAUGAUGCAACUCAGCAGCUUGUACACCGAACUGAGGUGGUGAUGAAUAACUUAAGCCCAGCCUGGAAGUCAUUCAAAGUAUCAGUAAAUUCCCUCUGCAGCGGCGAUCCAGACCGCCGGCUAAAGUGCAUAGUGUGGGACUGGGACUCCAACGGCAAACAUGACUUCAUUGGAGAAUUCACCUCGACGUUCAAGGAGAUGAGAGGAGCAAUGGAAGGAAAGCAGGUGCAGUGGGAGUGCAUCAACCCCAAGUACAAAGCCAAGAAGAAGAAUUAUAAGAACUCAGGCAUUGUGAUUUUGAAUCAAUGCAAGAUCCACAAGAUGCAUUCCUUCUUGGACUACAUCAUGGGUGGCUGCCAGAUCCAGUUUACAGUAGCUAUAGAUUUCACUGCCUCAAACGGGGACCCCAGGAACAGCUGUUCCCUGCACUACAUCCACCCUUACCAACCCAAUGAGUACCUGAAGGCCUUGGUGGCUGUCGGGGAGAUUUGCCAAGACUAUGACAGUGACAAAAUGUUCCCAGCCUUUGGAUUCGGUGCCAGGAUACCCCCAGAGUACACGGUCUCUCAUGAUUUCGCAAUCAACUUUAACGAAGACAACCCAGAAUGUGCAGGAAUUCAAGGGGUUGUGGAAGCCUAUCAGAGCUGCCUUCCCAAGCUCCAGCUCUACGGUCCCACCAACAUCGCGCCCAUCAUUCAGAAGGUCGCCAAGUCAGCGUCGGAGGAGACGAACACCAAGGAGGCGUCGCAAUACUUCAUCCUGCUCAUCCUGACCGACGGUGUCAUCACAGACAUGGCCGACACCCGGGAGGCCAUUGUCCAUGCCUCCCACCUCCCCAUGUCGGUCAUCAUCGUGGGAGUGGGCAACGCUGACUUCAGUGACAUGCAGAUGCUGGAUGGUGACGACGGGAUUCUGAGGUCACCCAAGGGAGAGCCUGUCCUUCGAGACAUCGUUCAGUUCGUGCCCUUCAGGAACUUCAAACAUGCAUCUCCAGCUGCCCUGGCAAAGAGCGUGUUGGCUGAAGUUCCAAACCAAGUCGUGGACUAUUACAAUGGCAAAGGGAUUAAGCCAAAAUGUUCAUCAGAAAUGUAUGAGUCUUCCAGGACACUAGCACCGUGA